AUGGAAGGAGAACAAUUACAAACUGCACCAUACAACCCAAGAUUCCCACAACAAAACCAAACUAAACAUUGUUGGGCUAACUACGUUGAUUACUAUGGUUGUGUCAAACAUUACAAUGGUGACAACUCAAAAUGUCAAACUUUUUUCAACUCAAUGAACUCAUUAUGUCCAGCUGCCUGGAUUUCAGAAUGGGAUGAACAAAAAGCCGCUGAUCUCUUCCCAUCAGACAGAGUUUAA